AUGUCCUCCGACUCAUCUCCAGAACAGCCGCAGCUGGACCAUGACUCUACUCUCCGCGUCGAUAAAUCUGUCUCUUUGACCAUUGGCAGCGAUUCGCUCCUGAUCAUCGAUGACCGUCCUCGCAGAUCGGCCCGUGGCUGCUGUGGAUUGCGCAAGUCAGAACAAACAAAAUUGCCUCAUGCGAUUUCCCUGUAUAACAUCUUGGAUGUUCAGGCCGAGCCCUCAAACCUUACCAUCACAUACGCCGAGUCGUCUUCCAAGGAGGAUGUCGCCGUGAAGACUCUCCACUAUUCCGUCAGCGAUAAAGAAAGCCCAACGGUCGAGGGAUGGGCGAAUAAGCUACUCAAUCUUUCUUAUGGAAACGUGCCGCGUACAAGGCGGCUAAAGGUCCUGAUCAAUCCAUUCGGUGGACAAGGAAAAGCCGCGGCUCUAUACCAGAAACAAGCCGCCCCCAUCUUCGCUGCUGCCGGAUGCAAACUGGAUGUGCAGACCACCGAACAUCAAGGUCACGCGAGUGAAAUCGCGGAACAGCUUGAUGUCAACGCGUAUGACGCGAUCGUCUGUUGCUCGGGUGAUGGUCUCCCUUACGAAGUGUUCAACGGACUGGGCAAGCGAUCCAACGCCCGUGAGGCCCUGGCCAAGCUACCCGUUGCACUGCUACCUUGUGGAUCUGGAAAUGCGAUGACUUGGAGCUGCUUUGGCACAGGAAGUGUCUCGGUCGCCGCGCUGGCUGUGGUGAAGGGUCUGCGGACGCCGCUGGAUCUGAUGUCCGUCUCGCAGAAGGGUAGUCGCACGCUUUCGUUCCUUUCCUCAUCUUUCGGAAUCGUUGCUGAGUCUGACCUGGGCACGGACAAUAUCCGGUGGAUGGGUGCUCAGCGAUUCACAUACGGAUACCUUGCUCGCGUGAUGUCUAACCGAGUUUGGCCUUGUGAUCUGGCGAUCAAGGUCGAUAUCGAUGAUAAGGAAGCGAUCAAGCAGCACUAUGCGGAUUACACUAGUCGCGAACAAGAUCCUUUGGCUGAUCUUCACCGCAUCGAGGCUGCGGAGAAGUCACCUGCUUUGCCCGAGUUGAAGUAUGGCUCUGUGUCUGAUGAGCUUCCUCAGGACUGGCAGGUCGUUCCGGGCGAAAAGAUGGGCAACUUCUAUGCUGGUAACAUGGCGAUUGUGACCAAGGACGCCAAUUUUUUCCCUGCAUCUCUGCCGAACGAUGGUUUUAUGGAUAUUAUCACGGUUGACGGUACGAUUAGUCGUCUUACCUCACUUGGGAUGAUUUCCGAGGUCGCCACCGGUGCCUUCUUCCAUCGACCUGAGGUAACGCUUCGCAAGGCGACCGCGUUCCGCUUGGUGCCCCAUCAGAAGGAAGGUUAUAUCAGUAUCGAUGGCGAGUCGAUCCCCUUCGAAGCCUUCCAGGUUGAGAUUCAUCCCGGCUUGGGCACUGUUCUUUCCAAGUCUGGGAACCGAUAUGAGAUCGAUGGACCCAUGUGA